AUGAACAUUUUUAAUUAUCAUAAUGAAAAUGAGUGCUCUAAUAACACGGGUUCUGAAAUAGAGAAAUCUUUGGAAAAAAAAGAGCUUAGGCCUCGAAAUAAUUUAGGUCCAGGAGUCUUUUAGGAAUAUAAACGAACCUACGUCAAAGUACCAUCUAAUUCAAAGGAAUAACUUGCAUAACUUGUAUUCAAGGAAGGGUUUAAAAUCAAAGAUGUAUACUACUGAAUUAAGAAUUUAAUAGGCAGCUAAGAAUUUGGGUAUUAAAUAUGCAACCGCAAAGACUAUAAUAUUCCAUAUGCGUAGAGAAAAUAUAAAACAAAUGAAGAUAAAGCAGUAAAAAUGCAGAUAUACCAAAAUAUCAGAGAAAUAAAUUCUGAAAUACAAAAUAAUUUCUAGUCUUUCAAAUAGGAUGGUAUCCUAAAAGGAAUUUAUUAUGUAAUUUCAAAAAAAUGGUUAAGGUUAAGAAUUUUAAAUGAUAUGAAAUCCUUUGAAG